GGCUAAUUUUCAUUUCCAUCGUCGUCCAAUAUUGCAGCCAAUGAAUCACCAAUCUUUGGCCAAUCUUGGUGUGUUUGCCUGGGAAGUCAGACCCAUGUCCCUGGUCUCCCUAGCUCUCUGUACACAACUGUUAUUACAUCCCGGGAUACCCGAGUCACGGACCUACAUUCAUGUAAUGUAGGGUCGCGAACGGGGUAUAGCUGCGGCUUUGAUCGCUUAUCAGUGCAAAAAGGUCAGUAAUCUGUGAUAGGAGGUUGGGGACAGACAUUUUGCUGAUUCAUGGCUGCAGGCAUGAUAUGUAGACAGGAGAGGUAACUCUAUAUGCUUGCUCUCCGGCAAAUGUUUGCGCGGUCUGUCGUCUGCUGAGCGAAUUAGCUUUGAGAUUGAGAGCAGCACUCAACUAUAGGUCGGAGGAUGUCUGUUAGAAAAUAAGCUCUACAGGAAGUAGAUACGCAGAGCCCGCUGACCACGUGACCUGUCAACUGGAGGUGUGUAACAGGUGUGCAGGUGCUCAAAAUUGUGAGCAGACAAGAACAAGAACACCGAGCUCAUGAACUUUCCUCCAGUUAUAGCCGACUGAUGUAGCAACAGCUUCUCACGUGCGUGUGUGAGAGACUAAAGGUCCCGACCAUUCCGUGACAAACUAAACGGAGUGACCUUUAUCGCUCCCUCACCUGCCUGAGGACAAAGGUCACAUUCACGUGUCAGCUCGUUGUCCUCUUCGGGAUUGCUGUGAACGCGUGUAGGACUUGGUGACAAAAAAUUAUCAAGACCUGGUGAUACUAUCUGCAUCAGCUGUCGUUACAAACCUGUAAAAUCUCCUUCGCUUCUAGAACAAUUAUGGAACAAGUAGGAAAUGAAGGAAGAGCACCUCCAGGUCCUCCACUCGUAGAAGUAGAGGGGAUCUGGUUUCCAAAAUUCUUUGAAACUAAUCGACCAAUGAAAGAACAGAUUGACUACAUCCGGGGACUUGAUCUUCGCGACGACGACGUGUUGAUAUGUGCCUACGCCAAAGCAGGUACCCACUGGACGUGGGAAGUGGUCAGCAUGCUGAUGGCCGGCAAGGUGGAGUACCGGAAGCAGUCGAAGGAGACGGUGAUGCUGGAGGUGGUGGAGCUGGAGGGUGUCGAGUCCCUCCCGUCCCCCCGAGUUCUCAACACGCACCUGCCGGUCAACAUGCUUCCUCGCCAAGUGAAGGACAAGAAAGGGAGAAUCAUCUUUGUCUACCGAAACCCAAAGGACCUCCUGGUGUCCCUGUACUUUCACAUCAAGCAAAUGCCCGGAUCUUCUGACUUGGCUCUUCAGGAGUUGGAAGAGGCCUUCUUGACAGGAUGGACUCCAUUUGGAAGCUUCUUUAACUACAUGAAGGAAUGGGAUGCUUUUAUUAAAGAAAACCCUGAUUUGUCAAUUUUCAAAGCUUCUUAUGAGGACAUGAAAGAGGAUCCCGUGGGCUCCGUAAGAGAGCUGUCCGAGUUCCUCGGGGUGAAUGCCCCCCCGGAGCUGUGUGCAGCCAUUGCUGACGCAUGCGGCUUUCAGAAGCUGAAGCACGCAGCAGAGACGAUGAAGGAAAUAUCUCCACACUUCAGCCGCCCGGACAACCUGCCAGUCCAAAUGUUCCGGAGAGGUGAGGUGGGCGACUGGAAGAAUCACCUGACGGUGGCCCAGAGUGAACGUCUGGACGCCGCCAUUAAGCAGCAGCUGGACGGAUGUGAUUUUAACUUCCGGUACACGCUGUGGGAGGAUGGAUUCCGUGGUUUGACCCUGCGUUAAUUUAUUGGUUAAAAAAAAUAUAAAGAUCGCUUGACAUCUUAAACAGAUCAGUAAAUGUUUCCAGUGACUACUGCCUGAACACAAACUAGAGUGUGAAGGAAUGUUAGUUUUAUUUGUGUGUGUGUGUGUGCGCGCGCGUCUAUGUUUUAGGCUUACUCAUUGACUGAUUUCUCGAUAGGUAAUGCUGACUGAGCAAUCACAUUUUGUGACUGAAUGUUUACUGUAGUAAGUCUGCGGAAUCUACAAAUAUCCAGAAUAUAAUAAUUGGAAACCUAUUAUAUUUGCUACCAUAUACAAGCCUUUUAACAGUUUCUGUCACAAGCAAACAUGAGUUGUUGAUUAAAAGGAUCACACUGUCAA